AUGAAUUUUCUUGCUUCACAGAGGUUGCAGGAUGACGAUCACUCGCCUCCAUCCAAGGUUCCUCGGCUUAAUGGGUCACCGCCGUCGACUUCGCACCCACAAGAGCCUGUUGCCGCAUUUUUGGGACGACCGAGUGGAGUGGCAGUCGGUGAUACGGGCGAUGCUCUAGAUGCAGAUGUGCGGCUGGAAUCUGAGCUGGUCGUUGAUGAAGUUGAGCACCAACGGCACACAACAGGGCUUCAACGGGGAUCUUCCGCCACUGCAGUGCAGUCGUCAACAUUUUAUGCAGCUGACGCUGCUGCUAGGCCGUCGCCGUCCUCCUUCGUUAGCAGAGCAGAUAGCGCCGAAGAGGGUGUGACUCCUGAUGCCUGGCUCGACGAGUCCUUAGCUGAGACAGGGAGAGUUGAUCAUCAGACCCGCCAAGCCGACCUUGGCCGAGCGAGCGCAGUGCCGUCGACUCCGCUGACAGCAGUACAACACCUUGAACAUAGCGAGCAGGGGUUUGAUGCUCGUGUGGACGUCUCCGAGAGGUCAGCUCUUCCAGCAGUGCCUGGAACUAGUUCUGAAGGCGGGGAACCGUGUGACGCUGGGGACAUUUGUCUGCAUCCUUUUGUGCGAUUGCCAGUGGUAAAUCCGGAAAAUAUUCGCAGGAAGUUCCGUAAAGACUUUGCCCUGGUGCCUUGUCUUGGCAAGGCUAGUCCAAUGGAUUCAUACAUGAUACUGCGCGAUUUGUUUUCGAAGCCUUCGCUGACGGCUGUAGACAUAGACAAACUUUUACAGGAAACCGAAAUGCUAGCAAACUAUGCAACAACCAGGCUGGCACGGACAUAUGGGCGAUGCACAGCCAGCUACCUCGUCAGGAAACUGUCCACUUUGUUUAUGCUAUUUGACCACCUGGUUUGCUCAAUUGAGCUCCUCGGCGAAAACAUGGAUACCCCCAGCUGGUGGCCUGAGUUUGUGCGAAAAUUCAGCACAGAAUAUCACCUUCCUUUAACAGGAAGGACGAGAAGGGAAAGAGAGCUGAGCAGGCUGGUCAAUCGACUGAGUUCCGCACUGGCAACAUAUAAAGAAGGAAAAAGGCCGCCAUUUAGGGAAAUAAUUGAACUGAAAAGGACAAUUAUUGCCGAAGCAAGCGCAGAGAGCCAGCUGACAAACCCGCUGUGGGAAUUAUGGAUGGCAAUUGCUUUCAUGCUAGUCCGCGCCGGGAGGCAGCUCCAGUUGCUCUUCACGGAAAGCCGGCAGUGA